AUGAACUGUAGUCCUCAACAAUGCUACGCCGAGUUUCACAUGUAUCCCGUCAUGCUACGAGUGUUCGCACAUAUGUUGUGUGACGAGUACGGGCUUCGCAGUCAUCAGCACAUAAAUAUUUAUGAACAGGUUGGUAUGCUUCUUUGCAUAUUAGCGCAUGGGAAGGGAUACAAACAGGUGCAAACCCUUUUCAACUAUUCAUUGGAAACCUUUGGACACUACUUCAAGCUUGUGCUUCGAGUGGUCCUCGAAUUCUCUCGACGAGUAAUUAGACCGGAUCCAAACUACAAUAAUUAUGCCGAGCAUCACGUUCCGAAUCUGAACAAGCAUCCCAUUUUUCGGGAUUGCAUUGGUACAACGGGGAACUCCCACGAUGCUCGAAUCUUGGCUCAGGCAAUACAUAAUCCCGAGAUUGAGUUUUCGCAACCUGCACCUGGAAAAUAUUACCUGGUUGACUCGGGAUUUGCUCAUCGACGUGGGUAUAUGGCGCCCUAUAAAGGUUCAGAUAUAUUGUACCAUUUUCAAAAAUUCUGUGACGGAGACAUUGGUCUCAAACGGCUUGAUCGCUUCUCUCAAAAGUGA